AUGGCUUUUUACGACGAGCAUGGAGGCGACGCCCAAUUUGGGAGAUUUAACAAGAACUUUGAAGGCCCCGUCGGACCCCGUCGGCCAAGACUGGUCACCGACUAUGGCUCUUCAAUGGUACAAUGGAUGCGCACCCGUCGACCCCGAUACCAAGGUGAACAUCGAAUGGAGGUCGAAAGACCCAGUCCCAGCUUCACAGUCGACAUGCUUCCACCCGUUGCGCGAACCCAUUCGCCUGCUGACACAAUCCCCGUACGACACCUUCAUCAAUCGAUCGGAAAAUCUAAGAAACCCAUCGUGGUAGUGCGAUGGACCCCCGAGGGCAGGCGGCUGUUGACCGGCGGCCACACCGGCGAGUUCAUGCUCUGGAACGGCACAGCUUUUAACUUUGAAACGGUCAUGGAUGCACACUACGAUCAAAUUCAAGCAGGUGUGACGUCGCUAGCAUGGGCGCAUAGCCAAGAUUGGCUGAUUUCGGGCGGACAACGAGGAGACGUGAAGUACUGGCGACCAAAUUUCAAUAACGUUGAAACGAUAGAUGAUGCUCACCAUGACGCCGUGCGAGAUCUGUCCUGGGCCCCGAGUGAUACAAAAUUCCUUUCCGCAUCGGACGAUACGACACUUAAGAUCUUCGAUUUCACCACCCGAACCUGCGACACCGUCCUCACGGGACACAACUGGGAUGUCAAAUCAUGCGACUGGCACCCUACGAAGGGUCUGCUGGUUUCCGGCUCUAAGGAUCACCAGGUCAAGUUCUGGGACCCCAGGACCGCCCGGUGCUUGACAACGCUUCACAAUCACAAAAAUACAGUCACCGCGACUCGAUUUUCACGGGUCAACAACAACCUUCUUGCUACGUCGUCGCGGGACCAGACAGCGCGAGUUUUUGAUUUGCGAAUGAUGCGGGAUAUUUGCAUUCUACGCGGUCAUGAGAAGCCGGUUUCUUCUCUGACAUGGCAUCCGAUCCACAGCAAUUUAAUUUCGACUGGUGCCGAAGAUGGUUCUAUGCAUCACUACCUACUCGAUGAACCAAACUUGGCGGCUGGUGUUGUUCCUACAGUGGCGCCAUACGACAGUCCAGACCCUGCCAAUACCCCUCCGCAAGUGAUCUACCCAGCUCAUCGCGUUCAAUAUGCCCACGGUGCUACAAUCUGGUCACUAGAUUGGCAUCCAUUAGGCCAUAUUCUUGCAUCUGGCUCCAAGGACAACUUCACUCGAUUCUGGUCGCGGGCUCGGCCUGGCGAGACUAGCUACAUGAAAGAUCGGUUCCAUAUUGGCGAAGAGGCCGCAGAGGCCCAAGGAACAUGGAAUCGGGGCUUUGGUCGCAAACAAAUGCGAGAUGAGGAGGAACAAGAAAUGCAAGACGAAGCCGACAGUCUGGUCGACCAGCGACGACCUGGUGGGCCUUCUCUACCUGGAAUUCAGGGUGGCCCUGGCCAGCAGCUUGAUGUUCCAGGACUGCUACCUGGUAUUGGUGCGGCACAGCCUCCACCUUCAGGAAUACCGGGUGCCAUGGCUGGAAUGGACCCUGGUCGCCUAGCUGCAAUUAUGUCUUCGCAUCCUCCUCCACCCCCACCUCAAUCAGGCCCUCCGAACGGUGGUGGAAUGCCUGGGUUCCCAAUGCUUCCCGGAAUGGGUGGCGCUCCGCCUAUGAAUAUGGAUAUGGCACAGUUCCAAAAGCAAAUGAUGGCUCAGGGAAUACAGAUUCCCCCGAACCUGAACCUUCAAAACAUGGCUGCUGCAAUGGGUGGUCUACCCGGUCUGCAAGGUGGGAUGCCAGAUGGUGCACGUCGAUAG